ACAGGCGCUUGCCACCAGCCAGAGCUCAGCUUAGCGCCUCUGAGGCCAUCCGCCCCGAGCCUCCGCCAUGGACUUCGAGGACGAUUACACACACUCUGCUUGCAGGAAUACGUACCAGGGCUUUAAUGGAAUGGAUCGUGAUUAUGGCCCUGGAUCUUAUGGAGGGAUGGAUUGUGACUAUGGCCAUGGAUCCUAUGGGGGUCAGAGAUCCAUGGAUUCCUACCUAAACCAGUCAUAUGGCAUGCACAAUCACAGUGGUGGUGGUAGGGGUAGCAGGUUUGGACCUUAUGAGUCUUACGACUCCAGGUCUUCUCUGGGUGGGCGAGAUCUGUACAGAUCUGGCUAUGGUUUUAAUGAACCCGAACAAAGCCGCUUCGGAGGUAGUUAUGGUGGUUGAUUUGAGAGCUCCUACCGGAAUAGCCUUGACUCUUUCGGAGGUAGAAGCCAGGGCGGGUCUAGCUGGGAAGCACCUUACUCCCGUUCAAAAUUGAGGCCUGGGUUUAUGGAGGACAGAGGAAGAGAGAAUUACUCUUCCUACAGCAGUUUUUCUUCACCCCAUAUGAAGCCUGCACCUGUAGGCUCUCGGGGGAGAGGAACACCUGCUUAUCCUGAAAGUACGUUUGGAAGCAGAAACUAUGAUGCUUUUGGAGGACCAUCAACAGGCAGAGGCCGAGGCCGAGGACAUAUGGAUGAUUUUGGAAACAUUCAUAGACCCGGAAUUGUUGUUGACUAUCAAAACAAACCCACCAGUGUGACAGUUGCUGCUGCAAGAGGAAUAAAGAGAAAAAUGAUGCAGCCAUUUAAUAAGCCCGGUGGAACCUUUAUCAAGAAACCCAAGCUAGCCAAACCUAUGGAAAAGAUGAACCUCAGCAAAUCACCAACAAAAACUGAUCCUAAAAAUGAAGAGGAAGAAAAGUGACGGAUUGAGGCUCGGAGGGAGAAACAAAGACGCAGAAGAGAAAAAAACAGUGAAAAGUAUGGAGAUGGAUAUAGAAUGGCUUUUACAUGUUCAUUUUGUAAAUUUCAAAUAUUUGAAGAAAAAGAUAUUGAACUACAUCUGGAAAGUUCUGCACACCAGGAGACAUUAGAUCAUAUUCAGAAACAAACCAAAUUUGAUAAAGUAGUCAUGGAGUUUUUGCAUGAAUGUAUGGCAAAUAAAUUCAAGAAAACAUCUCUCCGUAAACAACAGGCAAAUAAUCAACCAGAAAUAGUCAAAAUAAUUGAAAAAGAUGUUAUGGAAGGUGUUACUGCAGAUGAUCACAUGAUGAAAGUGGAGACUGUUCACUGCAGUGCUUGCAGUGUGUAUAUUCCUGCUUUACAUAGUACAGUUCAGCAGCACUUAAAGUAUCCUGAUCAUAUGAAAGGGAAACAGGUUUAUAAGGAACAAACAAAAAGAGAGAGUGUCUUGACUGCUACUAGCAUUUUAAAUAAUCCAAUAGUGAGGGCACAAUAUGAACGUUUUGUUAAGGGUGAGAAUCCUUUUGAAAUUCAAGAUCAUUCUCAGGAUCAACAAACAGAAGGAGAUGAAGAAGAUGAAGAAAAGAUUGAUGAACCUGUUGAGGAAGAAGAGGAGGAGGAAGUAGAGGAAGGGGGGGAAGCUGAGGAAGUGGAAGAAGCAGAGGAUGCAGGAGAAGUUGAAACAGUAGAGGGAGAGGGGGACAUAGAGGGAGUGGAAGAAGUCGGGGCAGUGGGGGAAGUCGGGGCAGUGGGGGAAGCUGAGCCAGUGGGGGAAGUAGAGGGAGGGGAAGAAAUAAAGGGAAGAGGAGAAGUAGAGGGAGCAGAGGAAGAAGCAAAGCAAGAGCCUGUUGAUGUCCCCGUUGAGCAACCUGAAGAAAAUUAUAUAUAAGGCAUUAGAUUUAAAGAGAGCUUUAAAUUUCUGUACUAAUAUGGGAAAG